AUGUAUUCGCUUAACACAGAAGCUCAGCUAUCAAGCCACAAAUCACCGCCUCAUCUCCACCCCGCCAUCGCUGACGCAGCUGGGAUGUCCAACCACGACACCGAUAUAGCUUCCUACCACAGGCUCAUUUCAGCAUCACGAGCUUGCAACGACCAGCACGACAACCUAACGGAAGAUAAAAGGUUGCCCAACAUGUCAAUCAUCCAACAACAUACGAGCGCCACCCUGAGCGAUGCUUGGCGCACCAUUAACAUUGACGCACUGGAGGAGGAUUCCAGCGUCAACUUCGACACCUCUACCCUCCACCCCCCACAGCCCGAGAUCGACGAGGCGGAAGUACGACAGCUUUCUGGACAGAUCAGACAGCUACUGCGAGGAGGCGAUGCUGAGGGAGCUUUGAGGGGAAGUCUGGAGACCCCCGUCUACAAUGGAACAGAUGCUGCCAAGGAUGCGCAUUUGCACACCAUUAUUGAGGUUCUUCAAUCGAUCAAGGCGAGCGAUAUGUCUCCCCUGCUGAAGAGUAUCUACGGAUCCGAUGGAGGUUCCGAGUUGUUGGACGUUUUGAUGAAGUAUAUUUACAAGGGAAUGGCCACAGCUCAUCCCGGAGCAGCUUCGCGAUCGCCAAACAAGAUUACACCACAGUCGACAGGAGGCUUUAGCCAGAUUGGAGGACGACCUGGUGGCGCGAACGAAUCCGCAACCGCAGCCAUGAGUGUGCUUCUGAGUUGGCACGAAAAGGUAGUUGAGGUCGCCGGCCUUGGAUGCGUCGGCCGAACAAUGACGGACUGGCGCAGGGUUUAG